UAAAAUCAUCAGCAGAGUUUGACCUGGGAGAGUCAGUCGAAUCUGUUAAUGAUCAGCUGAGGCUGUUAUAUAAACACUGUGGUACUCAGUGGGCUUCACUCAGUGGUGGGAUUCUGUUGUGAUUUUAUCACUACUGCCUACAGAGGACCUUACUGAAGCGCUGCCAUGCGCCUGAUAGGGUCCACUGUCCUUUUCUCUGUCCUGCUGCAGGCUGUGUCUGCACAGUCAGGGGACUGGCAGACGGCUACAUCCAUUUAUGACUUCUCAGCCACAGACAUUGACGGCAAUGUGGUCUCCCUGGAGAAAUACAGGGGGGAUGUUGUCAUCAUUACCAAUGUUGCUUCAAAAUGAGGCAAAACCCCAGUAAACUACUCUCAGCUUGCUGAAAUGCACGCUAAGUAUGCUGAGAAAGGUUUACGAAUCCUUGCCUUCCCAUCCAACCAGUUUGCCAACCAGGAACCUGGCACUGAAUCUCAGAUCAAGCAGUUUGCCGAGUCAUACAACGUUCGGUUCGACAUGUUCAGUAAAAUCGACGUGAACGGGGAAAACGCUCACCCUCUGUGGAAGUGGUUGAAGGAGCAGCCCAAUGGAAGAGGCUUUCUGGGAAAUAGCAUCAAGUGGAAUUUCACCAAGUUUUUAAUUAACAGAGAAGGGCAGGUGGUGAAGAGAUAUGGACCCAUGGAUGACCCUGUGGUAGUGGAGCGAGAUCUUCCUGAGUACUUUCAAACUGAAAGUUCUUCUUAAAUCAUAUAUUAAUUUCUCUGCCUCUCCAAGCAUCAAUGAAUAUAAUUUGGAUUCAUCCCAGACCAGUGACGAUCUGUUCACAAACCUGCACCGCAGGUAGAACAGACCUGAUGAAAAUGGCGUGCAAACCUCCUGGGAGAAUCUCCAACUUUAAAAAAACUUGUUUCUAUGGAGAGGAAAAGAGGAAAGUUGUCAACAUCACUAAUAAACUCUAAGAUUCACAGUCA